AUGGCCCAGGUUAGAAAAGCUUCGUUGUCCUCCUGCUCAGUGCCCUCCCGGAACUCGGGAGCUGGGGGAGGAGUCUCGCUUGAGGAGGUGGCUGACAAGGCAGGGGAAAUGGAGGAGGAGGCGGUGGGAGCGGCUAAGGCAUCUUCAGGCUGGGAAGCUGAGGAGUUCAAGCUGAAGCCAUUACAAGAGCGUAAACCUGCACCUAAGGGGAACUUGAGGAGCUGCGGCAGCGAGAAGGUGCUCCUGUUUUCAACCGCCCCUCGCUGUCAUAGCAGCUCCUCGCCUGUUUUCCCACGCCUCAAGCCCCGCCCUCGGCCCCAGCCCGGGGGCGGGAUCCAAGGGUCCUCCCCCACCCUCCGACCCACCCCCACUCCUGUCCACGCCCUGCGCCCAACUCUGCCGCCGCCGCUGUCCCCGCCCUGGUCCUGGCCCUGGUGCAGAUCCCGGUGUAGAUCCAGGCCCCGGUGCAGGCCUCAGACAAGGUGAAACUGCUCUGGUGACCUAGGCGGAUCUGGGGAUCGAGGCGGCUCAUGGGACUGGUUGCUGGAGAUGGAGUUUGAUCAGGGUCCCACUGGCUGCUCUCACGUGGAGAGCUUUAAAGUGGCUAAAAACUAGCGGAAGAACCUGCGGUUGAUUUACCAUUGUUUCCUUUGGAGUGGGACCCCGGAGACUAGGAAACGUAAGGCAAAGUCGUGUAUCUGUCAUGUAUGUAGUACCCAUAUGAACAGACUCCACUCUUGUCUCUCCUGUGUCUUUUUUGGCUGCUUUACCGAGAAACAUAUUCACAAACAAGCAGAAACAAAACAGCACAAUUUAGCUGUAGACCUCUAUCAUGGAGUUAUAUACUGUUUUAUAUGUAAGGAUUAUGUUUAUGACAAAGACAUAGAACAGAUAGCCAAAGAAACAGAAGAGAAAAUUUUGAAAUUACUAACUUCCACCUCAACAGAUGUUUUUCAACAAAAGUGUAUGACAUCAGGUGUUGAAGAGAAGCAAACAACCUGUGAGUCAAAGGAACAGGAGCCAAAACUGCUGAAACCCAAGAAAAAGAGAAGAAAAAAGUCCAUCUACACGGUAGGCCUGAGAGGGCUAAUCAAGCUUGGAAACACCUGCUUUAUGAAUUGUAUUGUCCAGGCACUUACCCACAUUCCUCUACUGAAAGAUUUCUUCCUUUCUGACAAGCACAAAUGUAUAAUGACAAGCCCCAGCUUGUGUCUGGUCUGUGAAAUGUCUUUGCUUUUUCAUGCUAUGAACUCUGGGAGCCGAACUCCUCACAUUCCCUAUAAAUUACUUCACCUGAUAUGGAUUCAUGCAGAACAUUUAGCAGCGUACAGGCAACAGGAUGCCCAUGAGUUCCUUAUUGCAGUAUUAGAUGUGCUGCAUAGACACAGCAAAGAUGAUAGUGUUGGGCAGGAGGUGAAUAACUCCAACUGCUGUAACUGCAUCAUAGACCAAAUAUUUACAGGUGGCUUGCAGUCUGAUGUCACCUGCCAAGCCUGCCAAGGUGUUUCCACCACAAUAGAUCCAUGCUGGGAUAUCAGUUUGGACUUGCCUGGCUCUUGUGCCACAUUCACUUUCCAGAGCCCAGAGAGGACUGACAGCACAGUUAACAGGAAUGACCACAUACCAGGAAUCCCCUCACUCACAGACUGCCUACAGUGGUUUACAAGGCCAGAGCACCUAGGAAGCAGUGCCAAAAUCAAAUGUAGUAGUUGCCAAAGCUGCCAGGAAUCUACCAAACAACUUACAAUGAAGAAAUUGCCCAUUGUGGCCUGUUUUCAUCUCAAGUGGUUUGAACACGUUGGCAAACAGAGACAAAAGAUUAAUACCUUUAUCUCAUUUCCCUUGGAGCUAGACAUGACUCCUUUUUUGGCCUCCACUAAAGAGAGCAGAAUGAAAGAGGACCAGCCACCAACAGAUAAUGUGCCAAACGAGAAAAACUAUUCGCUGUUUGCAGUGAUUAAUCACCAUGGAACUUUGGAAAGUGGACACUAUACCGGCUUUAUCUGGCAGCAAAAGGACCAAUGGUUCAGCUGUGAUGAUGCCAUCAUUACCAAGGCUACCACUGAGGACUUACUCUACAGUGAAGGGUAUUUACUGUUCUGUCACAAACAGGGCCUAGAGAAAGACUAGUCUUACCAGACCACUUACCAGAAAAAAGUAACAUAAAUGGAUAGGCAAGGAUCUGGAAGUGACACACAAACCUACCUGGAAUGGACAAUGAUAACAAUGCCUAUAUGACAACUAACACCUUGAUAUAAAGAACCUAUUUUACCAUGGCCCAGGGGUCUGUAGGAGAAAAAAAGGAAUACUAACCGGUGACCAUUUCAGCUUUAAGAAAUGAGAGGAGGGGAAAGAGGUUGAAAAUAGUCACAUAAGAGCACUAUUAAAUGAAAAGAAUGAACUAGUGGGAGUGAGAAUAGAGGUGUUUUGGCACUACUAUAUGUCCUUUGUUUCAAGAAAACUAUUGUAGGAAGUCAGCAAGUAUUCCUUCAUCAGCAAAAUGCUUCAAAGUUAGUGUUCCAGCUACAGUUGACCAGUAAAAUAGUUAGAAAAAAAAGAGAGUAUUUUAAAAGAAA